AAUACAAGCACCAAAAUGGUUCUUGCCAAAUCUACCCGAAUGUAUCUGAUCAUAUUUAUAGGAACAGUUUUAAUAUACUUACUGCUCCAUUGUGUACCCACUUAUCUGCCGCCUUCCGAUAAUAAGAACACUGAGCCACCGCCAUUGUAUAUCAUUACGCCAACUUAUCGACGACCUGAACAAUUGGCCGAAUUGACACGUCUUGGCCAAACUCUGAAGCAUGUGAAAAACUUACUGUGGCUGGUCAUUGAGGAUGCCUAUGAUUGGCAUCCCCUGGUUACUCACAUUCUGGAUCGCAUUGGUGUUCCCUAUGUGUAUCUAUUGGCACCCAUGCCUGAACAAUAUAGAAAAGGUUAUAUACCACGCGGUGUUUCCAAUCGCAAUCGUGGUCUCGAAUAUUUAAGAGCCAAUGCCACUGAAGGUGUAUUCUAUUUUGCUGAUGAUGAUAAUACCUAUGAUAUUAGUUUAUUCGAAGAGAUGCGCUAUAUACAAAAAGUCGGCAUGUGGCCAGUUGGUCUAGUGACAAGCACUGGAGUUAGUAGCCCAAUUAUACGGAAUGGCAAAUUGGAUGGCUACUAUGAUGGCUGGAUUGGUGGUCGAAAAUAUCCUAUUGAUAUGGCUGGGUUUGCUGUCAGUGUUAAAUUUCUUCAUGAGCGACCAAAUGCCAAGGUGCCGUUUAAAACAAGUUUUGAGGAGACUCUAUUUCUUGAGAGUCUCGAGCCGUUGGAGAGGUCAGAUAUCGAAUAUCUGGCCGACGAGUGUACAGAUAUUCUCGUCUGGCAUACGCAAUCUGUGAAAAAUGGCCCCGCAAAGCCAUUCAAUGAGACACUUCAUAAUGAUACAAAUCUAAAAUAUUUGGAAAUGUUACUAGUACGAAAAUCGUAAUUAUAGUUAGAUGUAUUUUUUAGA